AUGAUGAUAGACUCGCUGAUUGAGAACAUCGUUGCCAGUGGCACGUACGAUGAUGAUUUUCUCCGUAGAAUUGUUCUGGUUCUUCUAGGCACGGUUCUUGCACCGCAGUCCACGAAAGAAGUUCCUAAUGCUUAUUACAAGUUAGUGCACGAUGUGGAGGCCAUCAAAGCAUUUAAUUGGAACGCGUUUACUUUACGCUACUUGUUUUGGGAGAAAGUGCAGCCACUGGAUGAUGAGGCAUUUGAUCCAUUGGCUCAUGAAUAUCCGUUGAUGCUUAAUUGGUCAGAAGAUGAGGCUAAGAAGCGUGACGCGUACGACACGUCAUACAGCCGUGGUAAUGGGACGAUUGAUGACGUGAUAAGUGAGAAGUACAGGCAUACAUUAAUUGCUCAGCAAGGAAGAAAGGCGGAGGAAGAAUUAGAGCAAGAAAUAGAGCAAGAAGAUCGUGCCCAAAAAAAGAAAGAUAAUAGAGAUGAGGCUUCAUCGAGCAGGGAUAGUACAUUAGAUCAAGUGAUGAAAUGCAUCAAAGAUAUGCAAACUCAGCAAGGAAGAAAGGCGGAGGAAGAAUUAGAGCAAGAAGAUCGUGCCCAAAAAAAGAAAGAUAAUAGAGAUGAGGCUUCAUCGAGCAGGGAUAGUACAUUAGAUCAAGUGAUGAAAUGCAUCAAAGAUAUGCAAAAAGAAAUUAGACUUCUCCCUCAAAAAUGUGCGGAGAUAGUAGUAGAGAAGCUGGAGAAGAAAGGUCUUGUAUUUAAGCCAAACAAGGGGUCUGAUGAUGACAUUGAGUUUGUGGAGCAUAGUGAAGACUGGGUGGGGAAGUAUGGUCCAACAAAAUACAAAUCAUCAAAAUAUUGGACAGCUGUAAAAUCAACUCCUGCAAAAGAAGAUAUAGACAACAGGGUGGACGCAUCCUUCACCACUGGGAACGGGAAUAAAUUGGCGCGUGAGAAAGGUGUGCAUCACAACACACCUGGUACAGGAGAUGAAGGAGACCCCUUUGUUAUUGAGGACAAUGGUAAUUCACCCAACCCAUCUCUUGCGACGGUAGACAUGAAUGACUUUCCGGCUAUUACUUCAACCCCCAAGAAUAUGAAUGAAGUGUCAGACGGGUCUAGCGCCGAUAAAUCUGAGGAGAUUAGUAUGGAUAGUCUGAACACCCGUAUUAAAAAUGCGAAAGAAAAUGGCACUCCGGAGAAUGAUGGGAAGGAGAAUGAUGGGAAACGCAAGAGGAAACAGUCAAAAUAUUGUCUUUCACCUUACCAGCAGAACGGUGGACGUAAACGUGCAAAGAAAGGUCUGUUUGGUAUAAGAGCUGCUAUGAUUAAUACUGAUUACAUUAAUGAGGAUCACAUAGAGGCCGCGAAGGUUUAUAUCCGGACACUGGCAGACUCAGAGAAGCUUUGCAGCAAAACUGUCGUGCACAUGACGGGAAUUGGUGGGGAAACAUGUACACCUGAAAUGCUUGAAGCCAUCAUUUCGAAAAAGUGGUUGCAUGGCGGUGUCAUCAAUAGUUAUUGCAACCAUAUGCAGACCCAUAAUCCUCGUGCUGACCGUCACAUAUUAUCAUCUUGGGUAUCCCACUGGCUUAUUCUUCGUGCUGAUGGAAAGGUUAACAACUCUAAGAGGCAUUUUAUGGAUCACUUCACAAACCAAACUAAAAUGGUGUCUAGAGUUAGUGAAGAGUAUUUCAUCAAAGAUAAGGCAUACUUUCCUUUUCAUGUGGAACAAAAUCAUUGGAUAACAGUUCUUAUGCACAACAAGAAAAAAGAGUUUCAAGUUUUAAACUCUACUGGUAAAUGCAGCAAAAGAGUUCUUGCAAAGAUUGCUAAGCUGAGGGCAGAAAUAGCAAAUGAUACAAAGGAGGUGAAUGCUCUUAUUGAAACGGAACAUCCUGACGUAUCAUCCUGGCCAAUAAGGGAGUACGAUAUGCCGUCACAAACAGACGGAGUCUCUUGUGGUCUUUUCGUGGUGAAAUGCGUUCAAAACUGGGACGGAGAUGAUUGGACAUUUGAGUUCGAUCAAGAUGAGGUUAAUGCUUCAAGGGGACGCAUUCUAGCUGAAAUACUUUUUUCAGAAUGCAACACGAAGGAAGUAGUGAAAGAGAAGAUCCUCAAGAUCAUGGAGAAGAAAUGA